AUGAAUGAACAAAAUGAAAAUAAAAGCACAUGGGAAAAUUUAAUUGAAAAUAAAAUUAUAAAAAAUGGUUUUUUAGGUUGCCAAAUCUUAAAUCUUCAAGGUAAAAAUUUAUAUUAUUAUGGAUCAUAUUAUAUAGAUGUAAUUGAAGAGUCUGAGAUUGUAAAUUAUUUUAAAGAAUCAGAAAAGGAUUUAGUAAAUUAUAUUUCUAUUAAAGAUUUAAAAUUUUUAAUUACAAAAGAUGAUGAAAAUAAAUUAUUUGGAGAGUGUUUAAAUAAAAGAAUUAUAAUAUUAAAAACAAAUAAUUUAUUUCUAGUUUUUUGGUUUGAUAUUAAUACAUUAUCAAAAGAGAAUGCAAAUUUAAUUGUUGAUAAUUUUUCAAGAACUCUAUCAAAUGCAGGGUAUUAUUAA